AUGGGGGAGUUCCUGCCCGCAUCUAAAAAAAAUAGAUGCCUUCUUGAUUCUUCCAUUUACGAGUUAGUACUGAGCAACUUUAUAGACAGUUCCCCAUCAGAAUUUUUGCGUCUCAUUAACAAAUGGUCUGCAACCCCUGGUCUAUUCUCGAUUGAAGCUGUUAUACAGGUGCUUUCGGAUCGCAUUGAUAGAUAUGGAUCCCUUUCGAGCCAAGCAAACACUGAUAUAUUGACCCUCUGGCGAGCUCUGGCCACUCUUUACGAACAAGCCGGUAUCACAGAUAAGUCUCUCGAUGUCCUUAUCCGUCUACAUGAUCCAAGUAUCUUUGACACUCUGGAACGACAUGUUCCUAUUCGUGACCGCCGUAUCCUCCAGGUUCUGCGUGACCGUGUCCUUGACCUACACGAGCUGAACACCUCAAAGGCGCUUCUUCUAUAUCUAGAAAUUUUGGACGAUAUCCCUGUUGCUACAGUCGUCUCCAAAUUGAGCCAAAGUCCUUACCUUCAGUUUAAAUAUCUUGACAUGAUCUAUGUUAGAUAUCCCUACUUGGUAACGCCGCAUCUGAGUCGAUUGAUAGAGCUGUAUGCUAUCUAUCAGCGCGACAAACUUCUACCUCUUCUUCGCUUCACUGACCAAUAUCCGCUUAGCGAGGCCUUGGAGCUCUGCAAUAGUGCUAAGUUCGUGCCAGAGACUGUUUAUCUUUUGACUCGCGUUGGACGAAGAACUGAUGCGCUCAAGCUUAUUAUGACACAGGUAAUCACCCAGUUCUGA